UUAAUAAAAAAUUAGUUUUGAUUCUAAACCAAUUUAAAUUUUGAAUCUGUCAUUUCUCUCGUUUAAGAUAAAAACAUCACUUGAGAUAACGAAAGUAUUUAAUUUAAGGAAUUAUCUCGUAUUAAGCAGUUCUAAUCAACAUUAACACGAAGAAUGUCUUCGGUUCCUUCAGUUUCUUUAAGUAACGGGUUUUCAAUCCCCAUUUUUGGGUUAGGAACUUGGAAGUCGAAGCCGGGCGAAGUGACUCAAGCUGUUAAAGAUGCAAUCGAUAUAGGUUAUCGCCACAUUGAUUGUGCCCAUGUUUAUGGUAAUGAGAAAGAGGUUGGAGCUGCGAUAAAAGAUAAAAUAGAUGAAGGUGUUAUUAACCGCGAUGAUUUAUUUGUUACAAGCAAAUUAUGGAACACCUUUCAUCGUGUUGAUCUAGUUGAAAAAGCGAUGAAAGAAACUUUAAAUAAUUUGGGGUUAGAUUACAUCGAUUUGUAUUUAAUUCAUUGGCCUUUGGGUUAUAAAGAAGAUGGGGAAUUAUUUCCCACCGACGAACAAGGAAAAAUCCAAUUCAGCAACGUUGAUUACGUGGAUACAUGGAAAGCAAUGGAAAAAUUAGUCGAAAAGGAAUACACAAGAUCAAUUGGGUUAUCAAACUUUAAUAAACGCCAAAUCGAACGUGUUUUAGACUCAAGCACAAUUAAGCCGGUUAAUUUACAAAUUGAAUGCCACCCUUAUUUGAAUCAAAAAAAAUUGAUUGAAUUUUGUAAGUCAAAUGGUAUUACGGUCACUGCUUAUAGCCCAUUGGGAAGCCCAGAUAGGCCGUGGGCCAAACCGGAUGAUCCACAGCUUUUAGAAGAUGAAAAAUUAAACUUUUUGUCAGAAAAAUAUAAAAAAACUGCCGCUCAAAUUUUGUUGAAAUACCAAGUUCAACGAGGUGUUAUUACAAUUCCUAAAUCGGUGAAUAAAGGGAGAAUCGCCGAGAAUUUUAACAUCUUCGAUUUUGAAUUGGACCCGAAAGAUUUGGAGUAUAUUAAUGGGUUCGAUUGCGGUGGGAGAUUUUGUCCAAUGACAGCCGGUGUUGGUCAUCCACAUCAUCCGUUUGAAAAUGAUGAGUAUUGAUGGAAAAUUUUCUUAAUCGUUUGAGUUUAAAAUAUAUAAAUCUCAUCCUAAA